AACAGUAUGGCGAUGAAGUACUUACCUAUGUUUUUUGUGUUUCUAACAGCUAAUGGUUUUCUCUUAGAUAAGUCACAAAUAACCAUUGGUCAAACUGGAACAUCUAAUCAUUAUAUUACUGCAACAGAAUUCCUGGAUGAGACCAAGGCAAUACAUUUAGAGGGUCAACAACUGCGUCGCUACGUUGAUAAGUCUCUGUUUGUUCUAACUUCAGAACUGGAACAAAAAUUUAAUAUUCUCGAACAAAUUUUAAUCAAAUGUGAAAACCAAAGCGUAUCCAACGCAAGUUAUGAAUCUUUAAAACACAAAUAUAUUGGACUGGAACGUAAAUAUAAUCAGCUACAAACUGAAAACAAAGUUUUAAAAACUGAACAGAACUUAAUGACAAACGAACUUUGGUUAUUACGUAACAAAACUGGCGAAGUAAGCAACGAUGUUAAAAUCUUGAAACAUCUUGGGAACAUUAAACCGUUACAGGAAAUUCAAACUCUGCAACUAGCCGUGAAAACCGUUUCUGAUCAAGCACAUUCUUUAUCUGUAAACGAGCGUGCACGAAGUCAGGAUUUUCUAGCGUUGUAUAAUAUGACAAUAGAUUCGAAACGUAGCUUGAUUGAAUUAAAUAGCAAUAUAAGUAAUCGGUUUAAGACUUUAGAAACGAAAACGGAUAAACAAUUAUUAAGACUAGAACUGCAUCAUAAUUCGACAACAACAGGUAUAAUCAAUGAUAUGGAAGCAAUGGAACAACAUGAAAAUUUUACAUUGUCCGUCAUGCAGAGUCAGAUGAAAAAGAUUUCAGAAAGAGUUGCCAUGACCGCUUAUCUAUCGUCCACAGGAACAAUAACUUCUACCGUAAUGAAAUUCGAUAAUGUGAUGUUUAGCGUAGGUAUUACCAACCUGUCAUCAUACAAAAACACUGGAAAAUUCACCUGUGAACGGGAAGGACUAUACUUAAUAUCUGCUUCUGUGAUGUCGUAUACCAGUGGUGCACAAUAUUAUAUAAGUCUGAAUGGGAAUAUUAUUUCGUAUACACGCAUCGGCGACCAUAUCGGUAAUAACUACUUUACUGGUGCAGUGACGAUUACACGGGAGUUAAAUCCAAAUGAUCAAGUCUGGUUGUAUGCUUCUGGGACUAUAUAUCUUGUUGGUGACUUGUAUUCAAAAUUAACAAUAAUCAAAAUAAAGUGA